CUCCUCUUUUUUUUUUUUUACAGAGUUCUCAUGGAUAGCAUAAUAUAAUUACGUUCAACUCUCGAAAAUCAUAAUAAAGCAAGUUUGGGGAAAGUAAAGGAAGGAAGUCGAGAUUUCAACUAAGCCGUGCAAAGUGCCUAAGUGGCGGCAGCUCCCGGCCCUAAACUUACAGUAACUUCGGACCCGAACUGGACCAGGGCUUGAUGUGGUCAACCUUUUCUACCCUCUCCUCGGCGAAGGACUGACUUUCUUCACCCUGAACAUCUUUACUUUCCUCUCCGUUUAGUCUUUCCCCCGGCACUACUAUGUCUUCUUGAGCGGCUGAAUUAUGAAAAGUUUCUAGGCACCACCAAUUGCACAGCCUACGAGAGUGCUGGCUCUGUCCUGUUGAACACCACUGAUACCGUUGAGAUGACACCCCCGAUAGGCACAUCUGUACGCCGUCUAACUCCAAAUCACUGGAUCUUGGGCUCCUCCAAAGUCUGUGAACGCAUCACCAGACCAGUCCCCUCAAACGUAAUCGUGAGCUGGCAAGACGGUGAUGACACCUUCUAUCUCUGCGACCAGGUAGAUGAAGACCUUCUGUUGCCACAAGAUGGUUCAGAAACGGGACUAGUGCAUGAAGGCGGAACGUCUGCAACAGUUUGGAGUGUUGGCUCCAAUGCCUUUUGCAAAGUGAAGGCUUGACGCGAAGAGAUGGAGCUUGAGAGUCAAACGAUUGAGUUUGUUAGAAGAGAAGCGCCAGAAAUUCCUGUCCCGGAAGUCAUCUACGCUUGAGUAGAUCGCCCGUGGAAUAGGACGUUUCUUAUUCUGAGACGUGUGGAGGGUCGAACUUUAGAUGAGGAAUGGUCCCAGCUUACAACAGAUCAACGGAUUGGCAUUGCCACCAAGAUUAGCGAAUAUUGCUGCAAGCUUGCCUCGAUCUCGUCCCCCAGAUUCGAAACUGCCACUGGGCAAGGGGUUGUUGAGCCUUUUCUCAAUGACGUCGCUGACCCUUCUCAUCCAUCGUGGAUACCGAGACCGAUAGGACCGUUCUCAUCCGAAGCAUUCGCUUCGCACCUGUCAAAUAUCGCACCAGAAUCUCGUCUCGAUGUCGAUACCGGAGAUCUCUUUUACUUCUAUCAUGCUGACCUUGGACCGACAAAUGUGAUGGUAUUGGAGGGUGCUGUCACUGGGAUUCUUGACUGGGAAUCUGCGGCUUAUUAACCCAGGUUUUGGAUAGCGAGGAAGCCUAGGCUGAGUGCUGGGUUUUAUUUACAGAACGAUAGGACAGACCGAAAGGCUUGGAGUGAUAUGUUGGGCGACCUGCUUGAGGCUCGUGGCUUUUUGCAAAGUAUUGAUGAAUAUAACAGUUGGAGAUGCAAGAGUAGCCAGUGAGAGUAGACUGUGUCGCCAUUACCGUUGUGUUGUUAUAUUCUCGUUCGAUACUGAGAGCGGAUGCUUCUAGAUGAAGAUUCUUUGAAAUGGUCGUGAAAUUUUGCAACGAGGACAUGUCAUUCAACGAGCACAUUUGCACAGAAUACGGAGUUUACCUGUGACGGGACUCUAGCUACCACCAUUUCAGCUUUAGAUAAUAUGUUUCUCACUUUAG